AUGAAUAAGGCUAUGAUUUCCGUAGAGGAACCUAUUGACGAUAUUUCCACGAAGCAAUGGGAUAUUAUUGAAACAAUAUCUAAUAAUAAAGAUGGUAUAAAAGUGGUAAUAGCUGGAUUUAUUUGCAACUUUAUGACAUUUGGAAUUGGGUUUUCAUACGGGGUUUUCCAGGAAUUCUAUACUUCUCAAGAUGGGCCUUUGAAGCAUUACUCAGAUUCAGAAGUUGCAAUAAUUGGUACUUUAGGUACGGCACUCACAUAUUUGUGUGGUAUAUUCAAUAAGAGUAUUAUGUACUAUUUGAAGCCACGCAAUAUAAUGUUAAUUGGUAGCGUUCUGAUGUCUCUUGGCUUAAUUAUGACAGGAUUUUGCACUGAACUCUAUCAGUUUAUUUUAUCACAAGGUUUAUUGUUUGGAGUAGGGUCGAGUCUUCUUUACUUACCGCCAGUUGUAUGUGCUCCAUUUUAUUUUAAUCGUCAUAGAGCAAUUGCCAUGGGGAUAUUAUUUAGUGGAACUGGGUUCGGAGGGUUAGCAAUGGCUAAUAUCAGCAGGUAUUUAAUUGGUGUUAUUGGUUGGCAAUGGUGUGUUAGAAUACUUGGUUUUAUGAAUUUAAUCUUAACCAUAAUUGCUAGCUUUUUGGUUGUGGAGCCGAAGGUUAACAAUUUUAGGACUAACAACAAGUUAUUUAACUUUCGUCAGUUAGGUUCAUGGAAAGUUUUUCUUGUUAUUUUUGGUGGUCUUUUGCAAUCAGCGGGAUAUUUAAUCCCAUUGAUUUAUAUGUCCAAAUAUGCAAGAACUUUGAAUUUUAGUUAUAAUCAGGGUGCUUUAUUCAUCGGUUUAAAUAAUGCUAUUAAUGCUUGUUUCAAAAUUCUUUUGGGCUACGUCGGUGAUAGAGUCGGGAGAAUGAAUACAAUCAUUACAUGUAGCGUAUUAAGCGCAGUUACAAUUUUUGCAUUGUGGAUGGUAAAUGCAAGAGACGCCUACAUUUCAUUCGUUGUAUUUUAUGGAGUUUUUUCUGGAGUGAUAAUAUCGUUGUUACCGACAUGUCUUGUUGAGCUAUUUGGAGUCGUAAAUUACCAAUCAAUGAGUGGAUUAAUGUAUUUCAGUAGAGGUGUUGGAAGUAUGUUGGGCUCCCCUUUAGCAGGUUUAAUGAUUGCCAACCAGGGUCUUCAUGCCAGUGAUUAUAAGAACCCAAUUAUUUAUAACGGAGUAUUAUUAUUAUCAAGCGCUGUAUGUUUAGUUGCAGUACGGCUAAUCGUGGCAAGUGAGGGAGGAAAACUGUCGUGGAAAUUUUAG